UAAAAACAAAAACAAAAGAAAACGCCUCUAAAGUACAGAGACAGAAACAGAGAGAGUGUGAGAGAGAGAGACAAAAGAAUGUUGUGGUAGUUUCGGUAUACACUUCAGGUGUUUUGUUUGGCGCCAAGCUUUGGCCAUUUCGGGGACAAAUUGUUUAUCUAGUGUCAAGUGGCAGCCAGGAGCAUCAGUGCCAUCCGGAGCUAAACGAAAACCCAAACCAUUGAAAGUUUUAUAUAUAUAUAUAUAUCUAUAUAUAUUAUCCACCUGGAUGGGGGAGUACUUAACCAGCUUCCGUCGCGGGAGUCGUUUCUAACUAGUUCAACAUUGUCGUUGCCAUUUCUGCCGUCUGUCGUCGUCGUCGUCGUUGUCGUUGUUGUCGUCGUCAAAACGUCGCGUCGUUUCGAAACAUUUGCAUUUGGCGCGCGGAAUUUUCUGCCCCUCUCCCCUCCUUACAACGGUGUGCGGUUUUUCGGGGGAUACAAAUCGGAUGACAUUAUCUCGAAAUUAAAAAGGCACCAAAGUUGGCACCUUUUUUUGCAGUAGUGUGUUCCAGCUCCUGCUGAAUGAAUACCUUCGUGCGAAUUGUGUCUGUGUGUGUCAGUGUGUGUGUGUUUGAAUGAAUAAGAAAUGAUAUAAGCGCCCCAAAGGUGCAAAAGGCAAAUUUAAGUGACUGUGAAUAUCAUCUAGAUAAAUGUAACACAGGAUUUUACUCAACUUGAAUAAAUAGUGGAAAGAAUCAAAAGCAAAGAAGAAGACCAAGAAGACGACCGACUAGGAACAGGAACAAAAGAAGAUAACAUAAUAGAAUGGAAGGCAAAACUGUUUUGAGUACACAAGAAGAAAGGUCGCUAAAAAGUUCAGAGAAACUUAAAAUGCUGGACAUCACACGCGACAAGCCAGUCAAAGUGUCGGUAAAAGUUGCCGUGCCUGUACGAGAUCACCCCAAGUUCAAUUUCGUUGGCAAACUACUGGGACCGAAGGGUAACUCAAUGAAGCGACUUCAAGAGGACACAAUGUGCAAAAUGGCCGUACUUGGCCGUGGCUCAAUGCGCGACCGACGAAAGGAAGAGGAAUUGCGUGGCAGUGGUGAUAAUCGGUAUGCACAUCUCUUUGAGGACCUUCACGUGGAGAUAUCAACAUUUGCGGCGCCGGCCGAGGCCCAUGCCCGAAUUGCGUACGCCCUAGCGGAAGUUCGUCGAUUUCUGGUUCCGGACUACCACGACGACAUACGCCAAGAGCAGAUGUGGGAAAUGCAGGCGCUGACAUCAACUCCAGCCUUGGGCGGCCACCUAGAUGACUCACAGAGUCCCACAACUACCCAGAAUAACCAAAUCCUUACCCAUCGAGGAUUGGCCGAUAUGGAUACAUCCAAUGAUGAUAAAUCUGACAAUGAUGCCAGCGGCAUGGAUUGCCUUUCCCCAGAUAAACUUGAUUGCAGUCAGUCAUGCACUAGCAGCAGCAGUGAGCAACAGCAACAACAACAACAGCAGCAACAACAACAGCAACAUCAUCAUUUCCAUCAGCUGCUUCAAGCCCACACCGGAGCAAAUGCAGCAGCAGCCGCUGCAGCAGCUGCUGCAGCCUGCGGUGACCAUAUAACCGGACAGGCCACAACCCCAGCGACAGCAGCAGCAGCAUUGCAUACCACAGCCAUGGCGGUAGCUUUGCAACAUCAACUGACAGCAGCUGGAAUCGGUGGACUUUUGAAGCCAGCGGCAACCGCCUCGAUGCAAGGAUUGUCCACUGCGACACAGGCAACACAUGCAGUUCAGGCUGCCCUGCAAUUGCCUGGCAACGGCAAUGGCAUUGGUGUUGGUGAUGGAGGAGAUGCCAGCACCUCGACACUGACUCUGCUUGAGCCACCUGGAGCGACGCUUUUACAUCCGGCAUUGCGUAAUGUGAAAACCAUCAAUAUAGGUGGUGGCUUGGGACGUAAGCGCCCGUUAUUGGGUGUACCGAGGACUGGCAUGAAUCCCACAAAGCGAACAGUGAUGAGUUUGCUGGCCAGGGCCAAGAACUCACAGGCCCUGCACACGGUCAGACAGCCCAUGGUGACCACAACCAGUUUUGCUGAACCCUUGCAAAUGCUGGCAACCUCACCAUUUAUCAUUCCACACCAUCAGGCAGUGGAUCAGUCGAUCAUAGCCCUGCCCAAGGAGAGUCUAGCCCAAGGGGUUUAACCCUAUGACAUCUACCAGAUGCUGCGCACUGAUGGUCCUACCUGACGACCGCCUACAAUUCGCCCCGCCUCCUUCUUUUAAAGACACACACACACGAAAAAAUACAACUAAAACACACACAUAAGAUAUACUUAAAAAAAAAGAAUGAAAUUACUCUGAAUUGACUAUGACUUUUUGAAAAAUGAAAAAAAUAAAACAUCAACAAGUUUCUUACACCCAAAAAUUUUUAGGGACUAAAAACUGUAU